AAUUCUCCGGCUUUCUUCCACAAUGCCGCGGUGGUUCGACCUCAAGCUUGAUCGGCGCAAAGCGAUUCUGCUGAAGAAGGCCGUCGGCGCCAUGGCUCAGGUAGCCUUUACCGACAGAGAGCUCGCCGGCCGCCCCCAAACCGCCGACCUCUGCAUCACUCCGGAGAUCGUCGCACUGGUUUCCAAAACCAAGUCAACUGAUGCCGUCAGCGCGCUGAUGAUGCCGGAACUGUUGAUGUCGAGCUUCGAGUGCUACGAAAGCCGGAAUCUGCAGUUCAAUCUGCACAGCUUGCUUUGCCUAUUGGAGCAGAACACUGAGUUUGCGGUCACUCUUUAUGGCGAGGUAGAAGAUGAGGAUGUGAUUUGGUACGAGCUUGAGGAAGGUUUUCGCACGAUUUACACCUCUACAAUGCGGCUGGUUUCAUGGACUAAGGAUGAGAUGGACCUGGGUUUCUUGGUAUAUAAAUAUCCAGUGCGCCUCGGCUUGUCUUCAAAGAGCUUUUGUGACCUUAUCACUGAUAUGGGUUCUCAUGGGUGUACAGUUCAUGCCACACUGUUCAAAAAUGCAGUUGUUUUCCGUGUAGUGAAUUAUGAGCUUGUCUUUCCAACAGAGCCCUUGAUUUGCGAGACUCAGAGUGAUCGUGGAUUUCCUUGUGUGUUGAAGUUUGAUAUCCAGCGCAAGAGUGCGCUUCUCAAUGCCGCUACGUUGUCAGAGAUGAUAUGGAUAUGGUUCUCGGAUUCGUUCACCAUGCUCAAUUUCCCAAUUCGUGGCCUGGGUAAACUUGUCUUUGGCCAUCAUAACUUUAUGGUGACCAAUUAGUUGAGAUGUAUAGAGGUGUCUGUUGUA